AUGGCUCGCACGAAGCAGACUGCCCGUGGAUCUCGCUCAAGCCAGAAUGAUCCCAACGUCGAGCCUCCUGACGAGGAGGAGCAGCAGGAGAUGAACGGUGGUCUCACCGAAGAGGAGAAGCGCAAGCGUGAGGAGUUGGAGAAAGCGCCGAUGCAAUCAGAACUGAAGCAUCUUGAGAAGCGCUGGACCAAGAAGGGCCGUGGCUAUAUCUGCGAGCCCAAGGAAGAUGAAGAUGUUCCUGAGGAUAGCUUCAACUGGUACGAGAAAUUUGCCCUCUGUGUCACACGCCAGUAUGAUAUGCAGAAUAAGUGGGUUCAGAAGACUACCUUGCAAGUGAACUCGGAUUCUCUCAAAGACAUCCUUCGCGACCGAAUCGGCAACUUCCCUGGCCAGUCGUUCCAUACCAAUCAAGUUGCUCUAGAGUUCCCUCCUCGCUGCCUCUAUCACUAUCUUCCUGAGCUCAAGGAAGAACUUGAGCUAUGCAAGACAGAGGAUCCGGAGUCGGAGGCCGUCAGGCAUCUGCCAAUUCUCCUCGACUUUAUUCGACAGGAGUUCAGCGAUGCCAUCAACGAAGGUGAUAACCUUCGUGAGAAGGGCCUCGUCACCUAUGAGCAUCUCUGGACCAUCUUCAGGCCUGGCAUUCUAAUCUAUGGGACCCGUCUGUCGCAGCCUCGCGUGUACAAGUUGAACAACUACUACUAUGUCGGAGGACAAUGCCCCGGCCUGCAACUGCAGGUCGAGUACGUCGACUACGACGGCGACGAUUUCGGUUGGCGAAGCACCGCUCUUCACAUUCCCCAAUUCAGCGGAUCCACCUCUAUUGCCGGGUUGGCCGCCUUCCCGCUCAGCUUCCACACUAACGAGGCUGCCAUCCGAGAGAAGCUGAUUGCCCGUGGACGAAAAUGGGAGUCGCAUGCUGGCCAGCAGUUCCGCGAGUAUAAGGGAGUGGCCCUGGAUACUUGCGGCUUCCGCUACAACUUGGACGGACGCGUGAUGGUCGACACCCACACAUUCCAUCGAAUCGAGGCCGAUCAUGCCUACACGGUGAACGCAUUUCCGAAGGCCGGCGGUGCAAAGCGCAAGCAGGAUCUUGACUCGGACGACAUGGACCUCGUCCCAGUGGAAGAUGCCAUCGCUGCCCUUGCUCCUCUUACGGAUGACCAGUGUCUCCUGGCCAGCCCGAUGGUGCGAGGAUUCAGCUUCACUGAGAAGAAGUUCCUCGAGUUCUUCAUCGAGAAGCUCGAGCCCAUUGACUGGAAUACCAAGUGCUUUGAACAGCUUGUCCUUCCCGAUAGCCAGAAGGAACUGGUCCAGGCACUCGUGGCAGAGCACACACAGCGCACAACCGAACCAGGCAAGGCAGGCUUCGAUGAUAUCGUCAAGGGCAAGGGUCGCGGUCUGAUUCUUGUGCUUCACGGGCCUCCUGGUGUGGGAAAGACGCUCACCGCAGAGUGUGUCGCUGAGUUCAGUCGACGGCCCUUGUACAUUGUGUCGUCUGGAGAUCUUGGAACGUCAUCUACUGUUCUGGAUGACCGUCUGUCUCGCACACUCGAUCUUGCUAGCACUUGGAAGGCGGUCCUUUUGAUCGAUGAAGCCGAUGUAUUCCUCGAACGUCGCUCUCUGCAUGACAUGGAGCGUAAUAGUUUGGUCUCGAUCUUCCUCCGCACUCUCGAAUAUUACAGUGGCAUUCUGUUCAUGACGACCAACCGCGUCCGUACUUUUGAUGAUGCCUUCAAGAGCCGUAUCCAUGUGCCACUGAAGUACGACGAUUUGCCGGUUUCUUCGCGAAUCAAGAUUUGGAAGAACUUCCUCUCCAAAAUCGAUGGCGGUGUGGAUAUUGACGAAGGUGGAUACGAGGAGCUGGCCGAGGGCAAGCUUAACGGACGGCAAAUCAAGAAUGUUGUCAGGACGGCGAAGAGCCUUGCUGCACACAAGCGAAGACGUCUCGACAAGGCGCAGCUGAAGCAGGUCAUGGAGAUUCAAAUGGCUUUCGAGGAAGAGCUUACUGGCGACGGAGAUAUUGACAUGGUCGAGCGAUGUUGA